GGUAAUCCAUUGUUGGUGCUAGGGGCCAUAAAAUUAGAGCCCAGAAAUGUUAAAACAGAUUUAUACCUGAUAGUAAUUGAUUGUGAUGGUUAUUUUAGUCCUUUAGUAGGUAGAAAUUGGUUGAAAAUAUUAUUUCCUAACUGGCAAGAAAGAUUUAAGCUUCACAAUGUAGGUUAUAUACAAAAAGAGGGGAUAACUCAAGAUAAAAAUAAGUUGAUUGAAAGUGUUAAAAAUAAAUAUAAGUGUGUGUUUGAUAAAGAUAGAUCCUCGCAUAUUGUAAACAUGCAGGCUACUUUGAAGCUUAGGGAUGGGGCAACUCCUAUUUUCCAUAGGGCUUACUCCAUUCCUUAUGCUAAAAAGCAGGAAGUAGAAAAUGAGAUAAUAAGUUUAGAAAAGGCAGGAAUUAUUCAGAGAGUAACGCAUAGUGAUUGGGCUAGUCCCAUUGUUGUAGUUCAAAAGAAUGAUAAAAAAAUUAGAGUGUGUGUAGACUAUAAAGUGACCUUAAAUAAGAUGUUAGACACUGAUCAUUACCCCUUGCCUCUUCCAGAGGACAUAUUUGCAGAGCUGGCAGGAGCACAGGUAUUUUGUGUCCUGGACCUGAGUGGUGCCUAUCAACAAUUGUUAUUAGAUGAGAAAUCACAAGAAUAUAUGACCAUUAAUACACAUUUAGGAUUAUUUAGGCCCACUCGCUUGCAAUUUGGAGUAUCAUCAGGCCCAUCAAUUUUUCAAUGUGUUAUGGACCAAAUAUUACAAGGGGUGAAUAAUGGUAAAGCAUAUAUUGAUGACUUGAUCAUAACGGGUACAAAUUUAGAAGAUUGUUAUAAGAAUUUAGAAAAUGUGUUAGAAAAACUAAAACAAUAUAGAGUGAAGGUAAAUUUGGAUAAGUGCCAAUUCUUUUGUAGUGAGAUUAAGUUUUUAGGGCAUUUAGUGUGCGAAGAGGGAAUAAAACCAUUACCUGAAAAAGUAGAGGCUAUUACAAAGGCACCAGAACCUACAUCCAUUACACAGUUACAGGCAUAUUUAGGACUAUUAAAUUAUUAUGGAAAAUUUCUACCUAGGCUUUCGGAUAAAUUAGCACCAUUACAUGCGUUAUUAAGAAAAAAUGUUCCCUUUAAAUGGACAAAGGAGUGUCAUGAGUCUUUUGUAGCGAGUAGGAAAUUAAUCACAGAUUGUAAUUUACUGGUGCAUUAUGAUUGUAACAAAGAGGUGUUUGUCACCACUGAUGCGAGUCAAUAUGGCCUUGGGGCGGUUUUAAGUCACCAGAUAAAUAGUGAACCUAUAUGUUUUGCAUCGGCUACAUUAAAUGAUGCUCAGAAGAACUAUUCCCAAGUGGAAAAAGAAGCUUUGGGAAUUAUCUUUGCUGUUCAAAAGUUCCAUAAGUUUUUGUAUGGCAGAAAAUUUGUGCUUGUGACAGACCAUCAGCCUUUAAAAUUUAUAUUUGACCCUCUUAAAAAAAUUCCAAUUACGGCUAAUGCAAGGUUACAAAGAUGGGCUUUAAUACUGUCAGGUUAUCAGUAUGAAAUAAAUUACAGAAAGGGCACAUUACUAGGAAAUGCUGAUGCUCUGUCACGAUUACCAUUACCAGAAAAAGCCAAUGUAGCUGACUGCAUCAAUUAUUUUAAUCUUAAAGAUGAUGCUCCACUUGACUUUCAGGAAAUAGCUAAAUAUACACAAAAAGAUUUGACAUUAAGUAAAGUGUAUGAAUAUGUUUUAUCUGGAUGGCCCAGUUCAAUAAAUGAUGAGUGUAUAAAACCAUAUUUCAGUAAAAGGGCGGAAUUAGGUACUGAGCAUAAAUGUUUGAGAGAUAAAGUAUUAAGGUUAUUUCAUGAGUCCCACCAAGGAAUUGUGCAAUCAAAAAUGUUAAUGCGAGGUUAUUGCUGGUGGCCUAAUAUGAAUGAAGAUGUUGAAAGAGUUGUGGCCAGUUGUAAUAUAUGUCAAUCAUCAAGAAAUUUUACCAAUGUUAGCCCGCCAGUCAGUUGGAAAAAAUGUGAAAAUGUUUUUGAAAGAGUUCAUGUAGACUUUUUUAUGAAAAAUUCUGUAACUUAUUUGCUAAUAGUUGAUUCAACUUCAAAGUGGCUUGAUGUGCACAUAAUGAAUGGCACUUCAGCUUCGCAAGUAAUAGAAAAAUUGUGUAGAACAUUUGCUAUAAUUGGUAUUCCUGUAUACCUUGUCAGUGACAAUGGGCCACCCUUUUCCUCUGAACAAUUUGUACAAUUUUUAAAAAACAAUGGAUGUGUGCCUUUAAAGAGCCCUCCAUACCAUCCUGAAUCAAAUGGAAUGGCAGAGAGGACUGUUCAGACAGCUAAACAAGCAUUAAAUAGGUUAUUAGUAGAACAUGAGUCCAGACCCUCUUUCAGACAAGAACUAUUGUUGCAAAACUUUUUAUUUACAUAUAGAAACAGCCCAAACUCCACUGGCAUGUCUCCAAAUGAGAUGUUAUUUAAAUAUAAGCCUAGAACUCGUUUCGAGUUAAUAAAGCCAUCAAAUGCAUUGUCUAAAAAAGUAAUAAAAAAUAAUAAUUUAGAUAAACAGGUUUUGACUUUUAAGGAAGGAGAAAAAGUGUGGGCAAAAAAUUUAAAAGAAGGAAAAGGAUGGACCAAAGCUAUUAUUGUUAAAAUAUUAAGCCCAGUUAGGUAUUUAAUAACCACAAGUGGUAUACAAAAAUAUUAUCAUGUUUCUGAUUUAAGACCAUGUGUAGAACUGCCUCAGAUCCCGGUUGAAAAUGAGUCAAAUCCAUCAGUGGAGGCUGCACAUCCUCUUAUAACAACACCGCCAGUCCCGACAGAAGUAGAACAAAACGAAGAGGAUAGACGAAAUGAGUGUACUGGGGAGAAUGAUGAAAUUGGAUUAGAAGAUGUGGGACCUUCAGCUGAACCACCAGAAAGAGUGGGAGUAACUGGACCACCACAAUUGGCAGUUGACGCCCCUGAGAUACUGACAUCACCAGCAACUGACCCGGAUCUGAGACGGUCUACGAGAAUCAGGCGAGCACCUGAAAGAUUAGAUUUGUAA